GAAUCCAUGGAUCAUCUUUUGCCCUUGACAUAAAAGAUUUCCUACUUAAAACAAGUCUCAAAGAAAGAGCCAGAUCUCUGGUGGGCCCUUUUUGCUGCUCUGUUAAUGUGGAAGCCAAGUGGUGUAAACACAGUGGUGAUCCUGGCCCAGAGCAAUCUAUUCCAAAAAUAUACAUCGAUCUGAGAGGAGGACUGCUGCAGGUUUUCUGGGGUCAGGAGCAUUUGAACUGUUUAGUUCUUCUCCAGGAGCUUCUGUGGCAGUACCUUACUAAAAAGUGCAGUGUAGAGACAUUGAUAGCUAAACGUACACACCCAACUUGUUUUUCUAAGGAAAGGAAUCAGGCCUCAAAAACUGAGCAUACCUCAGAUGAUCUGAGAACUGGCCUGUUCCAGUAUAUACAAGAUGCAGAAGCACAAAAACUGCCUGGUGCCUACGAAGUUGUGUUUUACAAUGAAACCGAGGAUAGUCCAGGAAUGAUGUUGUGGAGAUAUCCAGAACCCAGAGUGCUCACUCUUGUAAGAAUUAACCCUGUUCCUUUUAAUACCACUGAAGACCCAGAUAUUAGCACUGCUGACCUUGGAGAUGUUCUUCAGAUUCCUUGCAGCUUGGAGUACUGGGAUGAGCUUCAGAAAUCAUUUGUUGCAUUCCGGGAAUUCAGUCUGUCAGAAAGCAAAGUCUGUGAACUACAACUACCAAGUAUCAACCUUGUGAAUGAUCAGAAAGAGCUCAUAGCCUCCGACCUGUGGAGGAUUGUCCUGAACAGCAGUCAGAAUGUGGCUGAUGACCAAAGCUCAGAAAGUGAAUCUGCCUCACAAAGUGCAUGCGAUCAGCUUGUGACACCCACCGCAUUAGCAGCCUGUACCAGGGUUGACUCCUGUUUUACUCCUUGGUUUGUGCCAUCACUAAGUGUGUUGAUUCAAUUUACCUGUGUGGAAGUCCACCUCUGCCAUCAUCUUGAUCAACUAGGCACAGCACCACCAAAGUUUCUUCAGCCAUUUUCAUCAGAUAAGAACAUGCCAUCUGAACUGGAAUACAUGAUAAUUUCUUUUGAUGAGCCUCAUAUAUAUCUUCGUCAGUGGAGUGAUGAAUCAAUGUUCCAGGAGAUCCAGUUUUCAACUCAAGCUGACUGUAAACUUUUGGAGUGCCGAAACGUGACUAUGCAGAGUGUUGUGAAACCUUUCAAAAUCUGGGGGCAGAUUGCUAUUUCCAACAGCACAAUGGGAAGGCUAUUGGACAGCACAAUAAUGGUGGACCCCGUUUUCAUCAACUUUGGCCAAUAUGCACUUCAUUCUCUAAAUACAGCAAUUCAAGCUUGGCAGCAGAACCAAUGCCCUGAGGCAGAGGAGUUGGUCUUCAGCCAUUUUGUGAUCUGUAAUGACACACAAGAGACACUGCGGUUUGGCCAGGUGGAUACUGAUGAAAAUAUUUUGCUGGCUAGUCUCCACAGUCACCAGUACAGCUGGCGCUCUCACAAGUCCCCACAGCUGUUACACAUCUGUAUUGAAGGCUGGGGAAACUGGCGGUGGUCUGAACCAUUCAGUGUGGACAAUACAGGGACCUUUAUUCGUACCAUUCAGUACAAGGGCCGGACAGCAUCACUUAUUAUCAAAGUUCAGCAGCUCAGUGGAGUACAAAAGCAAAUCCUAAUCUGUGGAAGGCAGACCGUCUGUAGUUACCUUUCUGAAAGUAUUGAACUGAAAGUGGUUCAGCAUUACAUUAGCCAGGAUGGACAGACCGUAGUAAAAGAACACAUCAACUGCCUCGCAGCCAAGCAGAAGUUGCCUUCAUAUGUCCUAGAAAAUAAUGAGCUCACUGAGCUGAGUGUGAAAGCUACAGGAGAUGAAGACUGGUCCCGAGAUGUAUGUCUAAGUUCUAAACAUACAGAACACAGCGCUGUCAUUCAGGUACCAUCUUCAAAGAAUUCAAUUACACAUGUGUGGUGCACAAUUUUGACUUUAGAGCCCAACUCUAAUGUCCAACAACGAUUAAUUGUUUUCAGCCCUCUUUUUAUUGUAAGGAGCCAUCUUCCAGACCCAAUUAUCAUACAUUUAGAGAAAAGAAGUCUGGGACUGACUGAAACACAAGUGGUUCCAGGGAAAGGACAGGAGAAAGCAUUGCAAAAUAUAGAACCUGAUCUUACACACCACCUGACAUUUCAAGCCAGGGAGGAAGAUGAUCCAUCAGAGUGCGCAGUCCCUAUCUCAACCAUGCUAAUUAAGCAGAUAGCAACUAAAUCCCAUCAGGGUGGCAAUGUCAGCCAAAUACUGUCCGAGUUCUAUGGCACCACUAAUCCUCCCCAGCCUACAUGGCCGUAUAAUAGGAAGGAUUCAGACAGUAAUGAACAACUCUCCCAGUGGGAUAGCCCAAUGCGGGUAAAGUUGUCGGUGUGGAAACCGUGCGUUAAAACUCUGCUGAUUGAACUUCUGCCGUGGGCUUUGCUUAUCAAUCAGUCCAAGUGGGACCUCUGGCUGUUUGAAGGAGAGAAGAUUGUUCUUCAAGUACCUACUGGGAAAAUAAUUAUACCUCCCAACUUUGAGGAAGCUUUUCAGGUUGGAAUAUACUGGGCAAACACUAAUACUGUGCACAAAUCAGUGGCAAUUAAACUGGUUCAUAAUGUGACCUCCCCGAAAUGGAAGGAUGCCGAUAAUGGGGAAGUAGUAACAUUGGAUGAAGAAGGUUUUGUUGAAGCUGAAAUAAAACUUGGUGCUUUUCCAGGUCAUCAAAAGUUGUGUCAGUUCUGCAUUUCUUCAAUGGUUCGACAAAGUAUACAAAUUCUACAGAUAGAAGAUAAGACAACAAUAAUCAAUAGUACACCAUAUCAAAUCUAUUAUAGGCCACAGCUUUGUAUUUCCAAAACCCACUCAGAAGAAGAGGACUUCCACUCACCAGACAGUACAGUGUUCAGUGUCAGUCCAGCUGGGACACCACCCAGUGAGGUGCUGAGUGCUGUGCCCUUCUGGGACCUGAUGUCAGACGCCACUCCCUUAACUUCAGGGGUACCUCUUACUGAAAAACGCAUGCUGCUGAGUUUCAGUCCAGGCGGCUGCACUGGGAGCUGUGAGCUGUGGAGUCUACCAGCUGUCAUUAAACAAGAGGUCGCUAGACAGAGCGUGGCAGUGCCCACAGGGGUCCGUAGUGAAAGUGGAUUUUGUACCAGAGCUAUAGCACUUACUUACCAAGAGUAUCUUGGCGUGACAUACCUAACACUUACAGAAGAUCCUAGCCCUCGUAUAAUUAUUCACAAUAGGUGCUCUGUUCCAUUGCUUGUAAAAGAGAACUUCAAAGAUACACCAAAGUUUGAAGUUUAUUGUAGAAAGAUUCCAGCUGAACAUUCAGUUCAUCAUGAACUUUACCAUCAAGUUUCCAGCUAUCCAGAUUGCAAAACAAGAGAUUUGUUGCCCAGCAUUCUUCUGAAAGUGGUGUCAUACGAUGAAUUAGUAAAUGAAUGGAGUGAUUUUGUGGACAUCAACAAUCAAGGAACACAGAUUGUGUUCUUAACUGGCUUUGGCUAUGUUUAUGUGGACAUUGCCCAUCAGUGUGGAACAAUAGUCAUAACCUUGGCCCCAGAAGGAAGAGCAGGACCCGUCGAGAUCAACCUCAACAGAAGUCAAGAGCAGACCCUAUCACUGAAAAUGUUCAUCUGUCAGUUAAGUCUUGCCGCAUUUGAUGAUAUUACAAACCACAAAGUGUCAUCUGAACUUCUGCGUCUCACAGCAGACCACGUUUUCCUCCACAUGGCCCCAGCCACCAGCUACCUGAGACCCCUAUCGCAGGAGUUCCAGCGGGACGCCGUGGAAGGCCUCCCACAAUUUCAUAGUCUCCAAGUGUAUUGUGAAGACUUGCAACUAGACAAUCAGUUGUACAGCAAAUCCAAUUUCCAUUUUGCAGUCCUGCUGUGCCAAGGAGAGAAAAAUGAGACUGUGCAGUGGUCCAGAGUGAACAACCUCAUUGUUUGUAACAAAGAUUUGGAAAGCUAUAAGGAAAACUGUUUUAUAAAACUCUGCAUUGCUUUUUCUGAGGAAGAGAAUUUCAUGUUUCACAUAAAUGACCUCAGCUUUGAACUCAAACCAGCUAGGCUGUAUGUGGAAGACACUUUUGUUUACUACAUUAAGACUUUGUUUGAUACGUAUCUUCCAGAAAACAAAACCGCUUUUCAAUCCGUGAAUACUUCAGAUACUACCCUGAUGCUGCCUGAACAAGUGAGAGAGCAUGCGAGAGCUUUAGUCAAGCCAGUGAAGCUACGAAAAUUAACAAUACAACCUGUUAAUCUCCUUGUCAGUAUUCAUGCUUCAUUGAAACUAUAUAUAGCCUCAGAUCAUACCCCUCUCUCUUUCUCUGUGUUUGAGCGAGGACCCAUCUUCACCACUGCCAGGCAACUUGUCCAUGCCUUGGCCAUGCAUUAUGCUGCUGGAGCACUUUUCCGAGCAGGCUGGGUUGUCGGAUCGCUGGAAAUUCUUGGGAGCCCCGCUAGCCUGGUGAGAAGCAUCGGGAAUGGCAUAGCCGAUUUCUUUAGGCUCCCUUAUGAAGGGCUGACCAGAGGCCCGGGAGCAUUUGUCAGUGGAGUUUCCAGAGGAACGACAUCAUUUGUAAAACACAUUUCCAAAGGUACACUGACGUCAAUUACCAAUCUGGCAACAAGUCUUGCUCGGAAUAUGGAUAGGCUGUCACUGGAUGAGGAGCAUUACAACAGACAAGAAGAAUGGAGAAGGCAGCUUCCAGAGAGCCUGGGAGAAGGACUGAGACAGGGGCUCUCUCGUUUAGGCAUUAGCCUUCUAGGUGCAAUUGCUGGGAUCGUGGAUCAGCCAAUAAGGAAUUUUCAGCGAGUAUCUGAGGCCCAAGCUUCAGCUGGGCAUAAAGCCAGGGGCGUCAUCUCGGGUGUGGGGAAAGGAAUCAUGGGGGUCUUCACAAAGCCCAUUGGAGGAGCAGCUGAGCUUGUCUCCCAGACAGGUUAUGGUAUUUUGCACGGAGCUGGACUUUCUCAGCUUCCCAAACAGCGCUCUCAUCCAGAUGAUCAACGUGUUGAGCAGGCUCCAAAUAGCCACGUCAAAUACGUCUGGAAAAUGCUGCAAUCUCUGGGGAGGCCAGAGGUCCAUAUGGCCUUAGACGUCAUGAUAGUGAGUGGAUCAGGCCAGCAGCAUGAAGGCUGCUUGCUGCUCACCUCAGAGGUACUCUUUGUGGUCAGCAUCAGCGAAGACACACAACAGCAAGCAUUCCCUGUGACUGAAAUAGAUUGUCUGGAAGAUGAUCAGCAAAAAGACCUGCUGAAAGUGCAGCUAAAACAAGAGAGAGUGCCUUCUGAUUUGGAGGCAGAUGGAGCUAGAGAGAGACUAUCAGAACAACAAUACAACCGCCUUGUGGAGUACAUCACAAAGACAUCGUACCACCUCACUCCCAGCACCUCAACAGUGCCAUCAUUGCAGACCAUGGCUACUGAACACCUUCCAACUACAAUGAAAACAUACCAAUAUGUAGUUGAUCCAAAUUUUGCCCAAGUAUUCAUUAGCAAAUUCACCAUGGUGAAAAAUAAAGCCUUGAGGAAAGGAUUUAAUUAAUAAUAAUUUGUGGUGAGUAUAGCAAUGUCUUACCGUUUUGAAAAUAAUGCUUUCUCUGCAGUAACCU